CCGAUGCUUAGUGAAAGGGGCGACGUACAUUUAGCAAAUUUUUGCCUGCUCAGUGCGCAAGGUUACCUUCGGGUGCAGUGCUUGUCGUUGGUUUUAGCAUGAAAACUCGAUAAGCCGCAAUUUCUCAUACCAGCUUCUUCGUGUUUGGCACCGAGACCCGAGACAGCAUCCGCCCAUAACCUCCGUGUCUGUGGUCCUCUUCGUCUCGGUUUGUUUCGUUGGAUGGUGUUGCAGCCCUAGUUGAUGAACAAUGGAACAGCCUACGUCUACGUCCGAACAGGUGAAAAGCCAACUUCCGACGCGAUCGCGAGUGCGAGGCCCCUACAAACAGUAUGUGCUAACUGGCGGGAAAAUGCCUCGAUCAACUGCGCAUGGCCAAAAAAGAAGACAAGAACAACGGAAACGAGAAUAUGAGCAACGAGAAGCAGAAAAUAAUCGAAGCAAAAGCUACCAUGAAGGGGAAGCCCAACUGGUGUCCUCCCUCACCGAAAGUGUUGAGUUGGAAAGGCUCAAUGCAUCAGUUGUAAAUAGAGAAGUUUACUUCAAAGAAGAAAGGCAGAAGGAUCGGCCAGAUCAUGACUGAACCCUUUUGAACGCCAUUUGUUCUGAGCUGUGAAGCAGGCCCCACACAAGACAGCAUAAUGUGAUAGGCAUAACAUCCUAAACAGCAACUUAAGUUUUGAAUUUAUUGAAAUUUUUAAUGGCUUGGGAAACUUGAUCCUUGUCUGUUGCUCGUUCGCUCUUUUUGCACCACAUCAAUUUCUUUGUUUUUGGUAAUGUGGGCUGAUGUGAUAGUAAAGUUACAACGCUGUAAAGGAGUCGUGUGACUAAAUAGAAAUAUUGAAUCAACUUCUACCCGCAGAGUUAAUUUUUCCUGUUACUUUUUGCUAAAGAUUAUUUUUACUAUUUUACAGAAUACGCUAAUUAUAAGUUAUGUUUCCUUUACAAUUUGACAUCGUGUUUGGCUUGAUUCCAACUGCAUUUAAAUUACAAUAAAUCAUUCAUGUAUGUGCCUGAGAAAAAUGUUGUGCCUGGUAGUAAUAUCUUUCACAUGAAACUUCUAUGAGUCAUCUUUUUUAAAGUAUGUAUUUAGUAUGUAAACAGAACCAGAAAUGAUGAAUUUUAAACAAUAAAGUGUUUUUCCAUGGCAGGACCACAUAUGAAAUGUG